CGCUUGCAACCGGCGAAGCCUUCUUCUGGAAGCCUCCCUGCCACUGCCGACGACGAGCGCGAGACGGCCCAUGGCGCCGCCGUUCGUCUACGCCCGCAGCUCCGGCGACGGCACGGCUCGGGACGCGGCCCUGCGAGCGGCCUUCUACGGCGACCUCCGGCGUCUCAGAGCUACUGUGAAGAGUCUUGUAGACCCAAGGGUGGUCUUCUCUUUCGACAGGGAUGGCCUUGGUGUUCUGCAUCUCGCAACCGUCAGAGGGCAUAUUGAAGUUUGCAAGUACUUGGUGGAGGAACUGGGAGGAGAUGUGAAUGCUCCUGCUCCUGGAGUUGGAGACUUUGCAGGCGUGACACCCUUUAUGACAUCUGUUCAGUCCGACGAUGUUUCAACUGUGAAGUAUUUGCUUGAUCGUGGCGGUGACCUAACUAAAGCAGAUGGUAAAGGACGCUCUGUUCUCCAUCAUGCAGCAACCGUAGGAAGCUGUAAGGUUACUGAGUUCCUACUUUCAAAAGGAGUACCUGUUGACAUACACUAUGGCUAUGGUACACCACUCCAUCUAGCUGCUACCAAUGAACAAGAUAAAAUAGUGAAGAUUUUGUUGGAACACCAUGCAGAUGCUAACACCAGUGUCACCAGUUUGGGUUCUGCCUUGAUGGGUGCUCUUUUAUGCCGUUCAUUGAAGUGCAUGAAGCUGCUGAUUAAGGGUGGUGCUGAUGUCAAUCGGAUGACCUCACUUCUGAUGACUCCGUUAGUGUUUACUGCAGGGCGCAAAGACUAUACCAACUUUAUGCAAUUUUUGCUAAAGGCAGGAGCGGAUCCUAAUAUUCCCGAUGGUUUUGGUAGGUUACCAAUAGAGCAUGCUGUUAGACGUGACUGCAUGGAACAAGUUGAAAUGCUGUUUCCUUUGACUUCCCCAAUUCCAUCUAUCCCAAACUGGAGUAUAGAUGGAAUCAUCUCAUAUGAAAAAUUUGAAAGUGCAAAGCCGAUGGAUCAGAGGCACCUUGAGCGAGCAAAAGCUAUAUACAAGUCACAGGCAGAUCAUGCAUUCAGGCUGAAGGACUAUAAGUUCGCAUCAAAAUCAUAUGAUCUGGCAAUAGAUGCCGCACCGAGUGCAACAUUGUACGCAAACAGGAGUCUUUGUAAACUGCUGUUGGACGAUGGUGAAGGUGCUCUAUCAGACGCUCUCAGCUGCAGAAUGCUGCGACCUAACUGGGCAAAAGCUUGCUACCGUCAGGCUGCAGCUCACAUGCUUCUCAAAGAGUAUAAGCAAGCUUGUGACGCUCUCCUGGACGCUCAAAAAUUAGAUCCUGGAAACAUAGAGGUGGAGAGAGAGCUACGGAAAGCCAUGGAAUUAAUGAAAGCUCCUGGUGAAGCUGACAAGUGAAGCAUGGUGGUUAGCAUCAGAGUAGAGCUUGUGCUUUAUGCUUUGUUAGGCAGAAGUUCUUUUGGCUUGCAUUAGAGUAGUUGUUCAACUGAAUGUGAUGGUACUUGCUGUAAAACUUGCUCACUUAUGUAGAAAAGAGCUAAAUCAGGCAGGACGCUGGGGUGCUGAAAUGUGGAUGGGCUUUACCACUUGAGUUAAUUACAUUAGAAGUUUUACUGAAUCUAGCACAAACGCGAACGAUGUUUCGUUAUGAAUUUUGAAUACCUUCCAAGUUUUCAUACUGUAGUUGAGAACAGAGAAACUGAAAUAGUACCACCCUUUCAUUUGCA